ACACACAGCCUUGUGGGGGUCGUUCCAUUCCAUGUGGCCUAGCUAGCUACUGUUCCUCCCGUCCCCCCCUCCGUGAUCUGUUGUGUGUCAGUCCAUGUACCCUCCUCGAUCGUAGUGUCUAUAUCUCCUGCCUUGCAGCUUUCUGCAGGGAGCUGCGCCAACGAUGGGCGUCUUCCAGGACACCGGCGUCGGUGGCGGCGCCGGCAGCCGCACGUCCAGGAGGGUUUUCCAGUACCAGAGGCUGGAGUGCUGCUGGGACGACGGAGCCACUUCCAGGUGGCGGUGUCCGCCAGCCGCGAAUGGUAAGAAGGCUGAAGCCCCCUGUUUGUUCAGUGUCAGGCGGCUCAAGUGGAGCAAGGUCACCUCGGUUCUGAUACCGAGGAAGGUCGCCGAGUUGUCUGCAAAGAUCUGCCACGCCCGCGCCAGGACGGAGGCCGUCGUCUGCCCGGCCGUCGUCUUCAUGUCGCCGUGGGGCCUCCCUGUGCUCUCCCGCCCGCUAUUGGUCGGCCACAACACUUGCAGGUAUCACCGUGGAAGAGACACCUUCUGGUGAGCAGGUAGCUGCACCUCGAUCUGUAUUCCUGGCGGUGGUAGUAUCGGUAUAUGCGUGUGUGAUAUAUGUGGCCAGCUUAGUUGAUCUUGUAGGAUGUGUAUUAUUACUCCUCCAUUUUGAUUUCUGCAAUACUUGUGUUGUGUUUUGCCGGCUGCAUCUGAACUUAGAUGCUGUUUGGUUCAUGAUGGUUAAUAGUUAACGUUAAAUCAUGUUUAUUUAA